CACACACACACACAUACACACACAGUCUCGCUUGUUUUCUUCUCCAGCGCUGGAUGUGGAUGAGGCGUCAGCAUCAGCACCGCAGCCCAUAGACACAAUCUGCAGCCACAUAGACCAGCGCAUCUGGAAGAAGCCAACCCGAGAUAGGGCAACAUUUUGUCACCCACAAAAUCGCGGUGGCUAAAUUUCACAUUGCGUUAUCACCUUUCCGCGGAGACACGAGAAGGCCAAUCCAUGACAGUCUCUCGUCGCGCAAAUCGUCUCUGCGCUUUCCACAGCAGCGCCACAAAAAUACUAUAGACGCUACACGAUAUUGAGUUUCGUUGAAUAGCCUACACUGCGUUACACCUGCUAUGAUCGCAGAGGUUCAUGGAAUGGCUAGAUGGGGAUUGUGUGGGGUUUUAUUUGGGCUCCUGAGGCUCAGCUCGGCUUGUCCUGCAUCGUGCACUUGCAAUGCCUCGAGGAUCUCAUGUAUUGAUCAGGAACCAGGGAUCGAGGAUUUCCCCGUCUUGGUCCCGGAAUCUGACAUGGAAAACAUCACUGAUAUAUAUAUCGCAAAUCAAAAAAGGCUAUUUACAAUCAACGAGGACCAUAUGAAGUUUUACUCGAAUCUCAGGACUUUAACAGUGACCAAUACUCACCUGACAUUUGUAUCUACAUUGGCCUUUUUCAACAAUUCCAAACUUCAAUAUCUGAAUCUCAGAGACAAUAACUUAUCAACACUCUCAUGGAUGGCCAUUCGUAAUUCUAACAUGUCUACUUUGUUGCUCUCUGGGAACCCGUUGCAAUGUGCAUGUGAGAACAUCUGGAUUAAAAUGUGGUUGGAUGACAGUGAGAGAGAUGGGCUGCAGUGUCUACAGGAGGGAGGACGAGCUUAUGCACUGUCUAGACUCACACUGCCUUCAUGUGAGUAUCCACGCGUUAAGGUUAACCCUGCAGUUGUCAAUCAAAUGGCAGGAAGUGAUGCUACAGUGAUGUGCAAUGGGUCCGGAGCCCCACCCCCUGAGCUUUCCUGGAGCCUAAAUUCAAGUGAUCACCCUCCUCUCACAACUAGCCAUGAGAUAAGUAAAAUGGAGCUGCGGUCAGUGUUGACUCUAAGUGGACUUUCACCUGAUGACAACGGCAGAGAGCUCACCUGUAGCGCCGAGAACAUUGUUGGCCAGACUGAAGCUACAGUUCUACUCAAUAUUCUUUUUCCUCCUUCUAUAGUGCAGCUGUAUCAGCCCGAGCAAAACCAGGACUGGUGUAUCCCAUUCACUGUGACUGGCAACCCGAAGCCCGAGCUGCGCUGGUACCACGAAGGAAAGUUGCUGGAGGAACAGGAGUACAUCAGAACUGAGAUUCAUGACAUCACGGACACCGAGUAUCACGGCUGUCUGCAGCUGGUCAUUCCCACUCACAUCCACAAUGGCAUUUACACACUGGUGGCCACUAAUGAGUUCGGAGAGGCCAGCGGGAAUGUUUCGGCACACUUUAUGUUCAUGCCUGAUGUGGACCACUCAGGAACAGAGGGAAACAUUUUCUACUAUGACACAACCUUUAGUCCAGACACCCCACCAUUGGAGGACAAAGUUGCGGUGUAUAUAGUGGUAGGAAUAGCUGGGGUUGCUUUAACUGGAUGCAUCCUAAUGUUAGUUUUCCUGAAGUAUGGCAGAAGUUCCAAAUUCGGUAUGAAGGGAUCUUCAUCUGUCAUCAGUAAUGAUGACGACUCAGCCAGCCCACUCCACCAUGUUUCCAACGGCAACAACACACCAUCGUCCUCAGAGAUGGGCCCGGAUGCUGUUAUUAUCGGAAUGACAAAGAUCCCAGUCAUUGAGAACCCUCAGUACUUCCGCAACCCCGGCAGCUUGCUGAAAUCGGACACUUUUGUCCAGCACAUAAAGCGCCACAACAUUUUGCUGAAGAGGGAGCUUGGAGAGGGUGCUUUUGGAAAAGUGUUUUUGGCUGAGUGCUACAACUUGACACCUGACCAAGAGAAGAUUUUGGUGGCUGUUAAGACGCUUAAAGAAGCCAGCGAAAGUGGGCGAGCAGAUUUCCACCGAGAGGCAGAGCUCCUAACCAACCUGCAGCACGAACACAUUGUCAAGUUUUAUGGAGUGUGUGUGGAAAGUGAUCCCCUCAUCAUGGUGUUUGAAUACAUGAAACACGGAGACCUCAACAAGUUUCUCAGGGCUCACGGUCCAGAUGCAGUACUCAUGGCAGACGGUCAGCAGAGUUUGCUGGUAGAGUUGACUCAGCCUCAGAUGCUGCACAUAGCUCAGCAGAUAGCAGCAGGCAUGGUGUAUCUAGCUUCACAGCAUUUUGUGCACAGAGACUUGGCCACACGCAACUGCCUGGUGGGUGAGAACCUGCUGGUCAAGAUAGGGGACUUUGGUAUGUCCAGAGAUGUCUACAGCACUGACUACUACAGGGUGGGUGGUCACACCAUGCUGCCCAUUCGUUGGAUGCCUCCAGAAAGCAUCAUGUACAGGAGGUUUACCACAGAGAGUGAUGUAUGGAGUUUGGGUGUGGUCCUCUGGGAAAUCUUUACCUAUGGCAAGCAACCCUGGUACCAACUCUCAAACAAUGAGGUGAUCGAGUGCAUCACACAGGGUCGGGUGUUGCAGAGACCUCGUACCUGCCCCAAAGAGGUGUAUGACCUAAUGUUGGGCUGCUGGCAGAGAGAGCCCUACAUGAGACUCAACAUCAAAGAAAUCCACAACUUGCUCCAGAGCCUGGCCAAAGCCUCGCCUGUUUACCUGGACAUCCUGGGCUGACACUGUGGAGGAUCUGUUUGUUAGUAUGAGUGUGUAAUUGUUAUUGGAAAUGUGUGUAUGUGUGGGAUAGAAGGAGAAACUGAUGGUUUAGAUUAUACGUGUGUGUGCAUAAAAUGGCUUGUGCUUCAGCCAUCUCACUACAUAGACUAAAAGCCUUAAAGUUAACUGUGAGUAUUGCUUUGAGUUUUUCCACAUCCCGAUACGUCCAUAACGGUCACGCAUCAUUGUAUUUUUCAAUCCUGAAUGGCCUACAAAUUAAUAAUUGGAAGCUUUUGAUUGUUGUAAAUAGGCGUUAAAGACAAUGUAGACCUUUUGUUUAAAAACUCUUUUGAAUAUGGUAACUUGAUUUCUGAAAGUUUACAACAAUAUUGUUUGCGGUCACGGUUUGUUUAUUAAGAUGAACAUAAUUCGGAUGAGUACCCACGCCGCUAUCGCCCGGUGGACUGUACGCAGAUUGCAAUACUAUUCACAGAGCAAAAUAUGAAGUUACAAUCAUUUAACUGCCAGCUUUCUUUUAUUCAUUCCCAUUACUUUGAACACAUCUAAUAGAUUUUUGGACUAUUCGUCUUUUAAGCAAAUUUUGAUGUCUAACACUGAGUUUGAUGAAAGGCAUUUUGGUAUCAGUGUGGCCCAUCUAACUCAGUCUGAACUUUGUAAUAAGAAGCACAGCGACAAAGACGCCUCCGAAUUUUUUAUUUUAAAGAGGCUCGAGGAUGGACACGGGAUGUUUGGAGUGAAAGUUACGUCACCAGCAGUGGCACUGAAAUGUUUCCACAGACUUUGUUCGGCUCCCUGGCCACAUAUUGAAGCACCGAGUGGGGGCACCCGCCUCACUAACUGUUGGAUGCUGUUCCUCUGUCAGUCAAUUCCACUUCGGGUGCUUACAAACUAGGGAAUGCUCAAUUGAUGGAAAAACAUACAAGAUGCUAUUUGACGAUGUGGAAAGAGCGGGAAAUCAAGUGGGAAAUACAGCAACACGGAUUUCAAAAAACACAACUGGACGCACCUUUCUGAAAUUCACAUUGGUCGAUGGAUACCUACAUUAAAGUUCUUUUGGUCACAAGUCCUUGUGAUGCAACAUCCUCAUUGAAAUCACUGGAUUUAAAUUAAAGGAUGUUGAAUCUCUAGUGUGUAGGCGCCCUUAAUCGUCGUUCGGUUUCAAUUUGGAUUUGGAAUGGAUUUUGCCUUUGAGAAGACUAAAGAGUUCUUUCUUACCUGUUCCUGGUGACUACGAACCAUAGAUGUUCUCCGUUACGUAACAGACGCAGUUGGAUUUUUUGCUCUCGGAUUCUUCAUUACUAUUUGUUUAUGUGUCAACUACGAAAUAACUGCUAAAUACUAUGUGUUUGUGAUAAUCUAUGAUCAAUUUGUUUUCUGUGUACUAUGGGCCGUUCAAAGCGAUGGGCUUGGUGGGCACUGUGAAGUGAAGUUCGUGUAAAAAGUUCGAGUCAGAUUGGCCCUGAGGUCACGACAAGUAGACCCUAUGAAGGGACAGUCUCGACCCAACCUGUGUGCUUUUACCCCACCCAAACAAGUUAACAGAGGAGGACAAUUAACUUCUACUAUUAAAAGUUCCCCACAAACCCCCUACAUUUGUUAUUAACUUUAGCGCAAAGCCCAAUCAACUAAAAUUUGAGGUUUGCUGAAGAUAGGUGUUCUGUUACUGCGACUUAUGGGUUUGGAACUUUUUUGAAUGUUACAUUAUUUAGAUAAAAAGCUGUUACAUUUUAUUCUGUUGCAUAUAACUAAAUGAAUAUUAAGUUUUGAAUAUUUUCAUCCAAUUUUGGUGUGUAAAAGUUUGAUUAUUUUAUUGGUUUGUAGUCCAACUUGGAUUCAUUCAAUUAUAAAAACUCUAAAGUAAUUUUCGGUUUUCGACCAAGUGAAUCCAGAAAUUUCGACAUCUCUCUUAAUUUCAGUCCAUCACCAGAAUUGAUCUAUUAUUAUGAACACCUUCCUUCCUCACAUAAUCACAGUGAAUCUGACCUCAGCUGCACUUAAACUGAAAGCGUGUCACUCAGCGAAACUCUAUCUUUGAUAUUAACCCUUAUUCCCCAUUUUGCCACCCAAAAGGUGAGCGCCAGAUCAAUGUGACUUGCUAUGAAGCCCUGGAUGUGACUCUUGAAACACAACUGACUCGGGAAUGGACUAGCUCGCCCUCAUUUGGCCCGAUUGUAGAAACACGGCUUUAGAGGCUUACGGAUGGUUUCUUCAAACUUGGGUCAACAAGUAAUCACGUAGCAAUGCUCUAACAACCAUGCAGAAAUACCAUAGCAACACCCUACCAACAAUGAGGCGUAGACGAGCACCACUUACACCAUCUUCAAAAAUGUAAAAAUCUAGUUUAGCAGAAGAUUAGCAGAUGACAUGUAGAUUUGCACUGAUCCAUCUUGUUGAAUAAAUAGUACAUGCAGCUUACGAUCAAGUUUGUUUAAAUCGCAGAUGACCGCUUUGACCACAAAGACAACCAGAAUCUAGUCCAGUUCCUCAACCUGGCUACAAUCACUGUUGACUAACUCCAGGGCUACAGUAUUUUUAUGACAUGUCCUCCUUUGUGAGGAUAGAUGUCUUUCUCAAUUCAGAUUGACGGAGAUCUUUGUGGUCUCCAGCAACACAUUUUGCACUGACUAAUUGAUUCUUUAGGGGUUAGAAGUACUGGAGGUGUGUUGCUCUGAGAGUGUCUGUAUAUAUGCAAUUAGACUGUAAAUAAACAUGAGCAGGAUCAAUCAUUCUUUGUACACUGAUGUCAAAUUCUUUCCAAACAGUCCAUUGGCAGGACUUACUUUUAACAGCCGACUUUAACCAACAUCACUAAACGUUGUUGAACAGUGCGUCCAAUCAAGUCAAGUUUUGGUCAUUACAGUCACGCGAGUGACUCGUGACCUCUUAGAGCUUUGCACUUUCUUUAUAGAUGUACUGCUCAUAUUUUUGUAGUUUUCACCCUACAAUUGUAAGCACUGCAAAAAAAGAAGAAAAAGGGAAAAUGCACAGAAAGCAGCUCUUUCAAUUGAUGGGAAGUAUCUGCAGAUAUUCACAGCAAGUGCUUGGUCAGUUACGUGAAAUGAUUUUUAUUGUGUUGUGGAAGACUGACUUUGCGUAAAGACUUUACGGAACAAACAUGGCAUUUUCUCUGUUUUGCUAUACAGAUUUGUCUGUUCUAAAUAGCCAGCCUGUACUUUAUAAUCCAUUCUGUACAGUUCCAAUAGAUGUCUAUAUAAAUAGUAUGUUCUCUCUAUAUAUUCUGUUUAAAACAGGCAUCAUGUCAAAAUGUGUGACAUUAUAAAGGGAAGAAAAACGUCUACUGGGCCUUCGGCAAUAUGUGAGUGUAAAUAUGGUUUAAUUUACGUGGCAAUGUAUCAUUUCUUUUUCCUGUGGUUGUUCACUCUGAAAAUACAAUUUCUUUUAUAGUAUCUGUAUUUGAUCAACUAACAUUUCCCCCCGUGUAGUACGAUUAGAUGUUACCGAAGCUUACUGCGCCCUUUUUUUAAAUACUCGACGGUUGGUUUACGUAAAGAAACAAUAUAUUAAACUUUGUCACCAUUCACAUUCAGGGGGAAUGAGCGAGGAGUAUUUCCACACUCAUUUUAUUUUUUGAAGCUCUUAAACGUUCUAUAUGAAUAACUGUGAUUGAGAACUGAAAUACUGUUGCAUUUAUUUAAUUUAUAACCCAUUUAUUUAAUUUUACUGUUGGGGUGAAUCCUACUACAACUGAGAUAGAAAUGUGUAAUAUUUAGCAUGAAGAAAAUGAACCCUAUUUGUAGAACUAGAAGCAAUUUAUGCAUCGUUUCCCUAUGACAGUUAAGCACAUUGCUCUUAAGAAAUGUACUUAAUAGUCAUAAAAACAAUGUCAUAGCCAUUUUCUUGAUGCUGAAGAGUAUUUUUUUUCUUUUAUGGAUAAAUAUGAUUUCUUCAUAUUUGCAAAUUUCCCCUUUACAAGUUGUUAAGCUGGACCACUGGUUGAGUGUACAUGCGUGAUCUGGUGUGUGUAUGGGUGAAUGUGUGCUCCAGGCAGACUUAAUCUCACACGGCUUUAGGUGUCAGUACUCUAUGCUUGUGCAUCCUGUGAGAAGCUUCUUUGCAAUCAAUGGAAAUGUUCCUUGUACAACUGUGCAUUUAAUAAACGUGUUAUGUC